UGUGGGUUCGAAUAACAGUAAAUACACUCGCGUCAGCUGAUACUUUUCCCCAUUCAUAUCACUUUUCAAGAACUCAAGAUAAGUUUGAGAAUCUUAUCAGCCAAUUUCUGCUUCUCCGGAUUCUUCGAGAUUCAACUAGGUACAUCUCUUUUUCGCAGAUAAAAAAUAAAUACGACGAUGGCGUUAGCGUGAAAAAUCUCGAAAGCUUUCAAAAAAUAGUCUGUAUCAGGAUACUUAGAACACAUAAUACGAGCAUGAAUUCAAGUACACCUAGCUUUCGUUUUGAAAUUUUCAGUUCAGUGAAUAAUAUUUUGGCAUCUUGAAGUUACAUUAAGAAUCCAUAAUUGCACCAUAAACAAUUGGAUAGACAAUUUUUGAAGGAAAAAAAAAUGCGAGAUCUACAAAUAGCUGUGUUGGGAGCCGGAGUUGUUGGAGUAAAUACCGCGUUACGAAUCCAAGAAGAAUUUCCAUCAGCUAAAAUUACUUUAAUAGAUGACAAAUUUAACGAAACCACUCUAAGCUAUGGUCCAGCUGGAGUAUUUAGACCUGCUCAACAUUUCGGAGGAAUUCCUACAGAUCGUGCCAAAGCAAUGAUUCGGACUUCGUUUAAAUACUACGAACAAUUACUAAACGUUCCCGAUAGCGGAGUAACAAAACUGGCCGGUUACAUAUUCUCCGAUACGCACGAAAACAACGUCAAAAAUGAUUUUCUGCAAGGUCUUGUUCCACGAUAUCGCCCCGCAACGUUGGAAGAACGUCAGACUGAUUCAUCAAAAUUAUGGAAACACGGAUCGUAUUUUGAAACUAUGAGAACUCAAUGCACGUUAUUUAUUCCAUGGGCUUUGAACAAGUAUAAACAACGAGGUGGCACGACACGUCAAAAGCAUAUCACAAAUCUCAACGAAUUACAAAACGAAUACGACGUCGUUUUCAACUGCACCGGAUUAAAUGCGAAAUAUUUAUGCGAUGAUCCAUUCGUAGUGCCCAUUCGAGGCCAACUUAUAAAAGUGUACGCUCCUCAAUUGAAAUAUUUUUAUUACAACGAUUACGACACGUAUAUAUUUCCUUUGGGAAAUGGGACCGUUUGUUUGGGCGGUUGCAGAAAUUACGACAGUUUUAAUACCCAAGUGGAUCGCUUCGAUAGCAUGUCAAUAAUAGAAAGAUGUAGCGAAAUUGUGCCUAGUUUGAAGGAUGCGAAUGUCUUAAGCGAGUGGGUUGGAUUAAGACCGCACAGAAAUGUUAUACGUUUAGAAGCGGAAAAUUUAGGAAAAUUGAAGGUCAUACAUAAUUACGGGCACUGCGGUUAUGGAAUUACAACUGCUCCUGGGACCGCUGAUCACGUUGUGAAUUUAUUUAAAAAUUCUCAUUCCACAAAAAGCAAAUUGUAAACCGAAUCAUUUAUUAGAAGGUGUUAACUUGGAUGUUUUUAAAAAACAGUAUAUUUCAAGAAAGACUAUAGUUACCUAGGUACUUGAGUGAGACUUGAACAGUUCCCAGUGAUCAUGAAGUCAAAUGCUGAUGCAGCCAUUUUACAUUAUUAAUAUUUUACUUUGUUAUUUUUGUUUACCCUCUGCUGCUAUUGGUGCUACAUAUAUUAGUGAAAAUUUUCUAGAAAUGAAAUUAAAAUGUUGAUCAUCUUUAAA